CCACUUUAAAUUCACCACCAUUUCAAAAUCUUCUUCAUGACAGCCAUGUUAGCCGAGAAGUAAUCAUAGUCCGGCUGUGGCAGUGGCGGAUGGUUGGUUACUUUUCCGGCGAACCUUGCUAGCCACCACUUACCUUGCCAAAAUUCCAAGUGGAGAAGCAUAGGAUGAUGAUGCUACAAGUGCUUGUAAGGAUAUUUUGGAAUGUGCUCCCGAGAAUCAGUACCAAAUGCCUUUUUCCUUGCUCCAUAAAUAAUGUCAGCAUGGCCUUCCAUUGAACAAUCAUCACAAGGAAACACACAACUUCUCUCAGAGAUACAACACUCACCAACUCUUUGUGAAGAGAAAACAACAGACAAGAUGGUCAAGUUCUCAAGGCAGUUUGACGGUCAGCUCAUUCCAGAAUGGAAAGAUGCUUUCGUUGAUUACUGGCAACUCAAGAAGGACCUCAAGAAAAUUCACCUCCUUAAUGAAAAUACCAACAAUACACCCAAGAAUCGCCAAUCUUCCCUCUUUUCAUCACUAAAAAACUACUCUCUAUUUGGCAAUCACCAACGUAAUAGAGACCAUGGACCAAUUCAUGUUCAUCGGAAACUUGCUGGUUCAGCUUGUAAGGGAGACAUGUAUGAGACAGAACUGCUUGAGCAAUUUGCUGAUACUGAUGCUACUAAAGAAUUCUUUGCAUGUCUAGAUCAACAGCUAAACAAGGUGAAUAAGUUUUACAGAACAAAGGAGGAAGAUUUCAUUGGCAGAGGUGAGUCCUUGAAGAAGCAAAUGGACCUUCUCCUUGAGCUCAAAUCUGAAUUCAACAAGAAAGCAUGCUCUUCACAAGACUCCAAGGAAGACCAGUCCAUAUCAUGCACGUUCUCUUCUGAGGAGGACUCUGUCAGGAGCAGAGCAGAGCAGGAGGAAAUGCAGGACAAUUCUGCAGAUGAUUCAGAGAAAGAUGAAGCAAGAAAAUCAGUUCAGAUGAAUAAAGAAGAUGGGAAGCUGAGGACAAUGUCUGGCCAUAUGGUUAGCAGCCGAGGCAACAAUGUGAGGAUAAACAUUCCCUUGACCACACCUUCUCGUACCUUUUCUGCAAUUAGUUACCUCGUACGAGAAGAUUUGAACCAGUCAUCAAGGAAAUGUGGUCCAGAUGGUGGUAAUAAGCUUCAUCUCAACAAAACAAAGUUGCAUCAUGCAGAAAAAAUGAUCAAAAGAGGUCUUCUUGAGCUCUAUAAAGGCCUAGGAUACCUCAAAGUUUAUAGGAACCUGAACAUGCUUGCAUUUGUCAAGAUUCUGAAGAAGUUUGACAAGGUCACUGAAAAGGAAAUUCUUCCCAUUUAUCUCAAGGUGGUGGAGAGUUCUUAUUUCAACAGCUCAGACAAGGUGAUGAAGUUGGCCGACGAAGUUGAGGAUUUGUUCAUGAAAAACUUUGCCCAAAAUGAUAGAAGGAAGGCCAUGAAAUACCUUAGACCAACUCAGCGUCGAGAAUCUCAUGCUGUGACUUUCUUCAUUGGGUUAUUUGCCGGAUGCCUGUUAGCACUUUUAGCUGGAUAUGUGGUAAUGGCUCAUAUAACUGGACUGUACCGAAGAGAACAACAAACUUCAGUCUACAUGGAAACUGUCUAUCCUGUACUUAGUAUGUUCAGCCUCAUGUUUCUGCACUUUUUCCUAUAUGGUUGCAACAAAUUUGCUUGGAGAAAGACUCGUAUAAACUACAGCUUCAUUUUUGAGCUGUCCCCUGCAAAGGAACUUAAGUAUAGAGAUGUGUUUUUGAUUUGUACUGUGGCUAUGACUGCUGUGGUUGGAGUUAUGUUUCUUCAUUUGACUCUUCUCGCAAAGGGAUAUUCUUAUGCCCAAGUUCAAGCUAUUCCUGGCCUACUUUUACUGGUCUUCUUACUAGUACUGGUUUGCCCCUUCAACAUUAUCUACCUGUCAAGCCGUUACCGUUUCCUUUCUGUAAUAAGGAACAUUGUUUUGUCACCACUUUACGAGGUUGUGAUGCUGGAUUUCUUCAUGGCUGAUCAACUCUGUAGUCAGGUUCCAAUGCUCAGGAACCUUGAGUAUAUAGCAUGUUACUACAUGACUGGGAGCUACAAAACUCAGGACUAUGGCUACUGCAUGAGGGCUAAGCACUACAGAGAUCUUGCUUAUGCAGUCUCAUUCCUACCCUAUUACUGGAGGGCUAUGCAGUGUGCUAGGAGAUGGUUUGAUGAAGGACAGACAAGCCACCUAGUGAAUUUAGGGAAAUAUGUAUCAGCAAUGUUGGCAGCAGUUGCUAAAUUUGCUUAUGAGAAAGAUGCAAGUGUUGGAUGGCUAUGUGUUGUUGUGAUCAUAUCAAGUGCAGCCACUGUGUACCAAUUAUAUUGGGACUUUGUAAAAGACUGGGGUUUGCUCCAAUUCAACUCCAAGAACCCUUGGCUAAGGAAUGAACUAAUGCUUCGCCGAAAAUUCAUUUACUACUUAUCCAUGGGACUAAACCUUAUUCUGAGGCUUGCCUGGUUGCAAACUGUUGUCCAUUCGAGUUUUGAGAAUGUCGAUUAUCGAGUAACAAGCUUCUUUUUAGCGUCUCUUGAGGUCAUCAGACGAGGACUAUGGAAUUUCUACAGGUUGGAGAAUGAGCAUCUGAACAACGCUGGCAAGUUUAGAGCAGUGAAGACAGUGCCACUUCCAUUUCAUGAAGUGGAUGAGGAAGACUAAAAGUAAUAACAAUAAACAUAACAAUGCAAAUUGGCGCAUAUGUGUUGCUGAAGAAUCUGAUUCCAUUCAUUCAGUACAGAGAGUUAGUACUUGUCCUCAUUCUUCUUCAAGUUGAUGUAACACAGACCAACUUGCUGAAUUAUUUUGUCCCCCUGCGCUGGGAGAUUUGUUGAUUUCAUCAUUCUUAGGAUUCAUAAGGUUGUAAUCAGAUGGUGCAAGGAGCCAUAAAAAUUCACUAAAGCAGGUGUGAACACCGCACCAUCUGAAACACCAACUUGAAUGAGUUUUUAUUGACUCUGUUAUAAAGUCAGUUAGUAGUACCUAAGAAAUUCUCCAAUCUGUACACAAUUUUUCUAGGACAUUGAAUAGAAAAUUUCUGAGAAAGUUCAGUUCCACUUUAUUUCCUCCUAAUGCUUUCUUUCUUC